UCAGACACAACGGCAGGCAGGAGGAGGCAUCACCGUGGUGUGUGAGUGUGUGUGUGUGUGUGUGAGAGACUGUGUGGAUGUAUGUGUGUGUGUGUACUCAGUUACUGCGCCCGUGAGCAGCAGCAGCAGCAGCAGCAACAAAAGCCCAUCACAGGUUUUCAUCCUCCCAUUGAUGAAGGCGUUUAUUCCCAACCUGCAGGGGGCCUAACAGUGGAGCAGCAGCCGGCUUUAUGAAUGGGAUGCUCGGUCCUCAGGCUGAUUGAAAAGGAAUAGAUUCAUUCCAAGAUAAAGAUCAGGAAGAUCCUUCUUCAUCUAACUGUCUUCUUCACUUGAAAGAGAAGAAAUUUAAUCUGCAACAAUGCCAAUCUUAAAACAACUUGUGUCCGGCUCCUCCCAGACGAAGCGCCGCUCACGCAUGGACCUGACCAGGGAGAUGAUUAGUGCCCCUCUGGGAGACUUCCGUCACACCAUGCAUGUAGGUCGCAGCGGUGAUGCUUUUGGAGACACCUCGUUCCUCAGCACCCGCUCAGGAGAACCUCCACCCGAGAACAAGUCCUUCCCCCGAUCCCCUCGACCCGGCCUCUUGUCUCGUACCUUCAGGAGCAGUAAACGCUCCCAGUCUGUGACCAGGGUUGACGAGCAGACAGACGGCAGCCAAAGCGGGUCACCUACGUAUGUGAAGAACGCCAUGUCCCUGCCGUUUCUCUAUGAUGACAACAGAGCAGACGACAUGGUCUCACAGAGUCUCACCUCAAGUCCUUUGAAGCAGCAGCAUGGAGCUCUGGACGGCAGAGGCGCGGCUGCUGCCACGCAGGGUUGGGAAAUAGAGGAGCGCAACUUUGGGGAGUUGACUGAGCUGCCAGAGAGUUCACUUUACUCUGGAGGUGGCAUGAAGCACGCUGUGUCUGUUAUGUCCUUCCAUGUGGACUUAGGACCCUCCAUGCUGGGAGACAUCUUGGGGGUCAUGGAGAAAGAGGAUGACGAUCUUGGAUAUGAGGAGGGCAAGAGCAGUGAGGGCCGUGCCUCACCUCCUCUCAGUGCCCACGGUGAGGAGGAGAACAGUGUGGAGGGGGUAAAGGAUGAGGAGGAAGAGGCAGAACUGCAGUUGCCCUGUCCUCCUGUUCCUUCAGCCAGUUCUACUAAGCACCACCCUGAGAACGGAGGACCUUACACUCCGGAGUACACGCCUGAGCUGAGGCCCAAACACUUACAUCACCUAGACACUUGCUCCAUGUCCAGCUCCGGCUCCGCGGGCCUGGAGGAGAAACCACACAGUCAGAUCUAUGCAGGCGAUACAGACAGCGCCACCUUCAGUGCCCCGCCAGAAGAGGAGAGUAACUUCUCCUCUUUCUUGGAGGAUGAAGAUGACGAGAUCCGUGUGUGAAAAGUAGGACAACGUUUUGGAAGUGGUUUACGUGAAUCUAGCAAGUCCUUUGACGGAGUGGAUUUAGAAAAAGAAAAAAAAAGGAGGACAGCAUUUCCGUCAUUGUGCGAAUAAGGACUGUGGAGGAGACUUUGUCAGUCAGCAAGUGUCUGCUGGCUCCGUCAGGACGGGCUGAGCUUUAUCUGUCUGACAGCUUUACUCUCCACUUUCUGAUCGUCUGUCAAUCCGUCGCUGCCUCUUUGAAUUCAGAGAGGACUGAUAUUCAAGAGCUGCGGCCUUCUGAAUAUGGAACAUUCCAGAUGUGCUUGGGGAGGGGGUGGGUUUAGAAAGGAACUUUUGUAGGAAAACCACUUUCCAUAACUAAAGCUCACUUCACAUACUGUCUUCUCACUUAAGGUGUCAUGUGCUUUUCUCAUUCCAUUUGCUUUUUCUUGUUGUUUGUGUUUCUCCCGCUCCCUCCCGGGCUGUGGGACAUCAUGAGGUCGGAGCUGAACAGAAGGUCUCUGUCACCACCGGGCCACUGGUGGGUUAUCUUGUCACAAAGAAGGGGGUUGCGUUUGUCACUGAAGUGUGUGAAGGCUAGCCCCGGUCGUCUGCGGCUGCGGCAGAAAUUUGAAUUUUCUACUUGUGUAAUAACUCAGGGUCCUUGUGAGGCUGCGUGAAGCCAACUGUUUCCUGCUACAGAGCUAAACCACCAUGGUAUGAGCACCACACGGACAUUGGCUCGCUGUGGGAAAAAAAAAAAGCUUUAAACCUUAGAUGAAUUCUGGUCAAUUUCAACAUUGAGCUCUGUUCUUAGAGGUUUCUUUCACACUGUUGUGAUUAUUAAAAGGACUGGGUAAAAUGAUUCAGAGAUAUGAGUUCACCUGGUGAUGUCCAGUGUAUUGAUAUAAAUGAAUAAUGUAUCAGUAAAACGUUAGUUUUAUUAAUGUUAGGAUUCACCUGUCGUGAUAUUUUGAGUGUGUUUUGUGGUAAAAGGCAUGAAGUGAAGACUUCCUUCCCUCCUAACAUAGACGUCUAACAACAGAGCUGUUUGUUGAAAAUGAUUCCACUGACUCUUGUAACUUAACCCUGGUGUAACCACACGAAAACAAUGGUUUGAAAUUGUUUUUUGUCUCGGUCGUGUAUUUCCACAGAUUAUUUAUCUCACGUUGAGGCCAAGAGCAAUUUAAUUCAUUUUACAGAAAUGACAGGAAUUGUUGAGAUGUUACUGAUUUCAAAUUCAAAGUGCUUGUUCAACAAAACCACAUCCUUCCUCUCUGUACAGGAACAGUCAACGCGAGGGGUGCCUUCAAGCGUCACACAACCUGCAACGUCUUUAAGGGUUCCAGUGUGUAAAUAUUAUAUAGAUGGAUAAAUGACUGACAGUCGACCGUUGGGCCCUGUAUCUUCACACUACAUCUGUUUGGUGCCUAAUACCGUCUGUAUCGUUCUGUCAUUGACAAAUUGGCAAUUUUGUUGUAAUGUCUGCUUUGAAUAAUUAUUAAGAGAUGACGCAGCCAGCAGCAGAUGCAAGGGCGAGUAGAGAGGAGCUAUUGCACAGUCAUUUCAGCUUGACUGUAUCUCUUGCAUCAUGAAAGCAGUGGCCAAACACUCAGAAGCUUCGUUGUGCUGAUUGAUUUCACUGCCUUAACUGAAACUGACAUGUGCCAAAUGAUGAUGAUGAUUUUUUUAAACUAAAAAAAAAAAAGUAUAAUUUUGUGAAGCUUACUCUUUACUGAGCCUGCUGGAUACAUUUUUCUUUCUCUUUUCUCUGUGUGGCUAAUCUCUGUUGACUUUAAGGUCGGCUGGAGUUCUGGAUGAUUUAAUUAAAAAAAAGUUAAUUAAAUGAACUGUGUUUUUAAGAAAAUAUGCAUUAAAAAGGCAAAUAAUUUUUAUAUAAGUGUACGUUUCUAAUACGAGACACUCACACUACAUUAGACAGUAUCAUUUUUCUUUUGUUACAUUUGUGUGGCUGAGAAUUCCCUGCGUUCUGUACAAUGUAUAUUAUUUCCCUGUUCUUUCCUUCUUUUCUGUGUAUUACUACCUUUCUGUACCAUACAAAAUAACCUAUAUUUUUCAAUAAAAGAAACUCUGAUCACCUUUA